AUGCAUGAGUUUCCAAUGGAAAUCUCAAAGUGGCAUACAAAAAGCGGAUUUCUCGAUAAUACCAAAACAAUGUAUUGGCGUAACUUUGAAAACUCACUCAUAGACCCUUUGAAAAUGCCCGGACUAUUAGUGCUUGAAACGUUAGCCAAUAGUAAGCUACUCUGGUGGGUGGAUAUCACCUGUCAAGGUGUAUCACCAAAUCACAAGAAUAUCGGGAAAUCGAAAUUUGCUGCUUCGGCAAAUUUAACCCUCCAUUCAUUACAGCCACCGCUUUCUUUCCUCUUACUCGAGUGUGUUGCAGUCACUAUUCCACAUCUCACACAGGGAGUAGACAAAAUAGACGGUGUAGGUCUUGCAAAACAACCCAGCAAGACCGCGUAUAAAAGCAUCCAAGAGACCAAAGUAGCCCAUAUUCGGCAGCAUAACCAGACAAGCCGACUUAUUUCAGAAUGGUCUCAAAUAAUCGAUAAAAAGCCAAGAGGCACAGAUAGAAUCUAUAUAACCAUUAUUUGAGCAAUUAUAGAGCCGAAAGCAGUAACAAACCUGUUUGUACGGAUUGGAGGAGUCUGUGAGAGAGUGAUAAAUUGAUAUGGCAAGGUAGAAUCUAAACGAGUACAUGCGAGUUUAGAUGGGGACAGGACAGAGUCCGCACCAGGCUCUGGCUCAGUCGGUGCUUGUUGCUGUGGUUGUCUUGGUUGUAAUGUUGGGGAAUGUGACUUGGCAUCCAUUAGUCGAGACUUGUCCUAGUAUUAAAGUAGUGUGAUUCCUGGCGUAAUAGUAAAAUAGUCAAGACAACUGUGGUAAUAAUAGAGUUGAAUUAUUGGAUAGUCAAUAAUGAAUCCCAACUUGGUCGACUAAUAGACCUCGGUCCUUGGUAAAAAAUGGCAGUUGGUGGAUUGGAAGGAGUUAGCCAAAUUAGCGGACUUGAUAUAAUCGCUCCUGCGUU